GUCCGUCCCUUUGUUGUUGAAAAGCCCUCCAUGUUUUCUGAGCCCCAAGUAAGGAAACCUGUUUUUUCUCGCUUUACCACAUCCCUCUCGCUGCAACUCACAAUCUGACGCACUUCCUCCUAAAAUGCCCGGACCACGCUAUUCCAAAGACCAUGUCGCGCUUCGCCAAGCAAUCGAGGUUGCGAGAUCCCUACCAUAUGACCCUGCAGGAGACUGGUCCAUUGUUGCUUGGGACAAGUCCAACGGGAUUAUCACCGACGCCAACGGCUUUAUCCGUGCUUCCUUUUCCUAUUCGCGGUCCUUUACCCCUGAGAUACUCCUAGAUCUCCUUCUCCAAGCCUGUCACACACACAUUUCAACUGCUCGGUCUCCAUACCUAUGUCCUUACCGCCCCCGAACCCUGGGGUUUCUAUCGUCCACCAGCGUCCCGGAUGGAUCGAUAGAGAUAUUUGCUGACCUACUCAAUGAGCUUCGCCUAGGGAUCGAAGUCGCUCCUGUUUGGGAAGAAGAUCGAAGGGUAGCCGCGUAUCAGCUGGAAGGCCGGCUGCAGAAGGGGUGGUGGGGCACCGCAGAUCCCAACGAGGAGGCUGUGUGGAGAGAUGACUUGGAAAGAGAGAAGGCCCUUCAAAAAUCAAGGAGGGAGGAACGUGGAUGUCUCCAAAUGCUUUGGACUGUCUUGAUGCUGUUUCCGUUUGUGAGCUUUAUUGCUACGCGAUUGCGAUUGAUUGCAAACGGAUCAGGCAAUGCUGUAACAUACUAGGGUUGGGUUUUGUCGAUAGGGUGGAAUGGGACGGCAGGACCACGGACAGAUUGGAUCGGCAUGAAAGCCGCUCCCCUGCCUACAUGAUUUGCAUCUUGUAUAAUAAUGAUUUGUUUGAUUUCAAGUACACAUCUAAUGAAAAGUGAAAACAACGAG